CCUAAAUAUAAUUCGAGUCUGCAGUGAUCAUUUUAUAUCAGGCAAGCCAUCAUCUCUGAUUGAGGAAAACAACCCCGACUGGGCUCCUUCACAGAACUUAGGACACCAGUACAGUGAGGUUUCCCAAAACAGCAAGGGAAGACAUGACAGGCUACAAGACAGGCAAAGAAAGCAAUCCAUCAGCCAAUUAGAAGAGAGUGUGUCAGAUAACACCACCGAAAUCGGAGGAAAUGUCUCCAUGUGCAGCCAAACCGAUUUGAGCAUGAAUCAAUAUGAAGAGCUGUUAAUAGAAAAUGAGAGCUUGCGAAAGGAAUUGGGCAAAUACAAAUUAGAUAUAGAUAGCUUCAUAGACAAUGACAAGAAAACACUGCACUUUACUGGCCUUCCCAACUGGCAGCUGCUGUUCUCCCUGUAUGAGUAUGUGAAAGAGGACCUUGGCAGAGCAUCUUCAGUGUUGACCCCCUUUCAAAAAUUACUUCUCACAAUCAUGCGCAUGAAACUUAGUUCUACUGGAAGUGACUUGGCCUACAGAUUUGGUGACAUCAAUGAAUCAACUAUAUCAAGAAAUUUUAAUCAUGUGUUAGAUGUUUUAUAUAAUUGCCUCAAACCCUUAAUCAAAUGGCCAGACAGAGAAGACCUGAAAAAAACAAUGCCUAUGGAUUUCCGAAAGCAUGCCCCUAACUGUGUUGCUAUCAUUGACUGUUUUGAAUUUUUUUUAGAAUGUCCCUCAAACCCACUUGCCAAGGCACAAACAUACUCAAGCUACAAACACCACAACACUGUGAAGUACUUGAUCGGCAUUACUCCCCAGGGCACUGUCAGCUUCAUCUCAGACGGGUGGGGUGGCCGAGUGUCUGACAAACACCUUACUGAAGAGAGUGGCUUUCUGGAGUACUUAUUGCCAGGUGACCUGAUACUGGCUGAUAGAGGAUUUGACAUCCGUGAGUCCGUUGGACUGUACUGCGCAAUGGUGAAAUUGCCAGCGUUUACAAAGGGAAAAAAACAGCUCAGUGGGAUUGAAGUAGAACAAACAAGAAGAAUAGCCAAUCUCAGAAUACAUGUGGAAAGAGUGAUUGGGAACAUCAGAAAGAAGUACAGCAUGCUCAGCUCAACGAUGCCAAUUGAUUUUGCCAGGGUUCGCAGUGCAGAUCUGACAACAAUUGACAAAAUUGUCACAGUGUGCAGUGCCUUAAUAAAUAUGUGCGACUCUGUUGUGCCCUUUGAGUGACUGCAAGAAAGGAUUUUUUAAAAUCUUAAGAUAUGUAGCUGUUCAUACGAGAAGUUAACUCUACAAGAACUGAACUGAUCAACAAACCCUUUUUCAGUUGUUUUGUAAAAAAAAAUCUUAAACUCAAAUAAAAUAAAUGCAUUUUAUUGUAUUAUAUAU